AAAGAAAGAGAGAGAAAGAGAGGGAGGAUAAGUAAGAGAAUGGGGAAGUGAAAGGUGAAAACAUGGUAAAAUUGAGCCACUCAUAAUUCACCCCUUAUUUUGGAAAAAUAAAACAAACACAUCUCCUAUUUUUUGUAUUUCUUUCUUUUUUUUAUAUUUUCUUUUUCUUUUUUUAUUAUAAUAACAAUAACAAUCGAAUGACAGUGAUCGAUACUGAAGAUAUUUCACCACCUGCAACACCACCAACACACAGUCCAAUACCUCAUCGACUUGAUUUAGAGUCUUGUGCACUUUUAUCGCAAUGUGACGAAAAAGAGCAUCUAUCACAUCUUGUAAGUUCUUUUCAGUUAUUGACACCAAUGCAAAAGCAAUUAUUCUUGUAUGAAAUCAUCAACCACUGCGACAAUGGUCAGCUUACUUUCCUCAACAGUCUGAUCGCACCCAGACUCAAGGUGGACUUUUUAAAGGAACUACCACCCGAGAUAGCCCUGAAUAUUCUUUCUUAUAUUGAUAACCCAGCAACUCUAGCGCAUGCUUCUCGUAUAUCCAAAUAUUGGAACUCAUUGGUUAAAGAUGAAACAGUGUGGAAAGUGCUUUGUAAACGACAUGAAUAUAUCAAGGAAGAAAUAGAAGUUCCUGCUUCAUUUUCAUUUAGAGAUCAUUUUAAGCGAAACUAUGGCAUCCACCGUGCCUGGAGACAAGGUGGAAAAGUGACGACAGUCGAUGGAGGAUUCUCACAUGGACUUGUCACAUCAUUACAAUUUGAUGAAAAAUUUACAGUGGUUGGAUGUGACAAUCAUCGCAUUGAGGUCUUUGAUACCAAUUCUGGUAAAAAAAUUCGAACUCUCGAAGGUCAUGAAGGCGGCGUAUGGGCACUACAAUUUAAAGGAGGAGAACAAGAUGAUCCUGAGCGUGUUUUAUUGUCUGGCGGAUGUGAUAGAGAUGUAAGGGUAUGGGAUCUCAAUCAAGGCAAAUUAAAAUAUAUACUUCGUGGACACACAUCGACUGUUCGGUGCUUAAAGAUUAGAGAUAAACAGAUUGCAGUGACAGGAUCAAGGGAUGCGACACUAAGAGUAUGGGAUAUUCAAAGAGGCGUUUUAUUACAUAUACUUGUUGGACACCAAGCCAGUGUUCGAUGUGUUGAUAUCCAUGGCGAUAUUGCCGUUUCAGGAUCAUAUGACUUUACGGCUAGAGUGUGGGAUCUGAAGACAGGAAGAUGCAAACAUGUACUCGUGGGACACACAUUACAAAUAUACACCAUUGUCACCAAUGGUAAAAUCAUUGCCACAGGAGCUAUGGACGCACAUAUUCGAAUUUGGUCAGUUGAAACAGGUGAAUGUUUAGCUACCUUACACGGACAUACGUCGCUCGUUGGACAAUUACAGCUAUCAGGCACGACCUUGGUGAGUGGGGGAGCGGAUGGAUGCUUACGUGUAUGGGAUAUGGAAACAUUUGAAUGUAAACAACAAUUUUCAGCUCAUGAUAACUCCAUCACUUGCCUACAAUUUGAUGAUCAGCAUAUUCUCAGUGCAGCUAAUGAUGGAAAAGUGAAACUAUGGGAUAUUAAACGUGGUAGACUCAUUAGAAAUUUUACUCAGCCUUCAAAAAUUGUAUGGAAAAUUCAAUUCAAUCAGACAAAAGCCGUUGUACUGAUGCAAAGAAAAAGACCUGAUGAUGAAGGACAAGGUAAAACUGUUAUGGAAAUUCACGACUUUGAUCUAUUGUCACCUUCUUCUUCUUCUUUAUAAUUAUAUAUUUAUAUACCUGCUUUGUAUUUCUUUAAUACGGCAUUUUUUAUUAUUCCCCUUUCUUCCUUUAUUACAUAAAAACCCACUAAAAACUAUGCAAUUUAUAAUUCCUUGUGUGCUGCUGUAAGAUGAUCUGAAUGAAACAAUCAUCCUGAUUUUUUGGGGCCUCUCCUCAAUACUUUACAACGCAUUAUUUCAUUGAAAUAUUGAAUAGCCAUGAG